AUGGCAUCUCCAAAGAUCAUAAUCAUCGGCUCCGGCCUCGCCGGCCUCUCCUUCUCCCUCUUCCUAACCCGUCUCCUCCCCACCGUCUCCAUCAAAAUCUACGAAGUCCGCCCUUCAACCCACCCAUCAACCUCAGGCACCAUAAACCUCACUCCAAAUGCCUUACGAGUCCUAGACCACCUAGGAGUCUACAAAUCAAUCUCCCCACAGGGCUACAACUUCGACAACCUCACAUUGUUAAACCACCAAUUCGAUUUUCUAGCAUCAAUCCCCAUCGCUGGGAUCUCAGACUUCGAAUACCAAAGUCUUAGGAUCGAAAGACGGAUCGUACACUCUGCGCUAUUGCAGAAGGUGAUGGAGUAUGGUCGAUCACGGAUCGAAAUAAUCUACGAUUCCAAAUGCGAGAGCGUCGAGGAAUCUGACACAGGAGUCACGGUUAAAUUCACAAAUGGUGGUUCUAUUACAGGUGAUAUCUUAAUCGCCUGCGAUGGUAUUCACUCCACCGUUAGAAAAUCCUUCGUCAAGGAUCCCAAAGACUUCGAUCCAAAAUAUACCGGCCAAAUCUCCCUCGGCGGGAACAUCUCAAAAUCCCAAAUCCAAAAAUUCAAUCCCAACAAUAAUCCAUACCCACUGAUGAUGUUCGGUCCCGAAACAAGCACCGGUGCAAACUUCAUGGUCUGGCCCUACAACAAUUCCGGUGACCAAUUCACUUUCUUCACCACCCUUUCCAAACCCGAGGAAGACAAAGACGGUUGGAAAUCGUACUCUGAUAGUAAAGAAUUCUUGAAAUCAAUCAUGCAAGAAACUUUCCUAUCCGAAGGUUCUCCGUGGAACGAGAUGGUAAAGAAAACUAUAGAGUUGUCAGAUGCAGAUAGCUAUAGAUUCUGGCCGUUUUAUUUACAUUCCAUACCCGAGAAGUUUUAUUCGGAAAAGGCUAGGAUUAUAAUGAUCGGAGACGCUGCACAUGCCAUGCCACCAAGUGGCGGCCAAGGCGCAGCAAUGGCAUUUGAAGACGCAGAGACAUUGGCUUAUUCACUCGCCGUUGCCUUCAACACCCCAGAAGGUGGAUUAGGUAUCAAUACACCCCACGGUCAAAAUAUCCUGUCCAAAUGGAGCAAUAACAGAAUCGCGAGGAUGAAUACCAUUCAAGAAAUGAAUAAACGAAUGUCGGAUAUGAGGAAGGGGCAUAGCGGAAGCACUUCUGGUGUUAUGUUUACGGUCAAAGUCUGGGCGAUUUGGAUACUCGGUUUACUGGGAGUGCUGGGUAGGACGAGGAGGGUCGUUAAUAAUUACGAUGCCAGGAAGGAGGCUGCGGUCUGGUUGGGAGAGGGUGUAUUGGCUGGUUUGGAGUAG